CCCCCUUCCCCCGGGCGGGGCGGGGCGGGAGCGGCCGCGCGAGCCAGCGGUGGUUGAGUGAGAUGCUGCCAAGCGCUGGGGUGUACUACUUCCCAUGGGAAAUCAACAGCUCCAUCCCAGAAGGGGAAGCACUGAGGACAUUUGGCAGGCUAAGCUGCUAUGACCUGGCCCGAUCUGAAGCCAUUCUCAGCACUCAGCAUGGCUCAGCCCAGCACCACGUCCACAUCGACACCACGCUGGUGGAACCAUUUGAAGCCCAGCUGGGAUCUCUCUACAUGGUCCUGGGAGAGGCUGAACACAGGGAAGGUGAGAGUCUUGUGAUAAAAGCCCGAAUAUUGACCUGCGUGGAAGGGAUGAACAUGCCUCUGCUGGAGCAAGCCAUCCAGGAGCAGAGGAAGUACUUCCAGGAGAGGCAGCAGCAGAUGGAAUCUGGCACAUCCUGACAGUAGCUCUGCCCCCAGCCCUGUGCUGGUCCCCACCACGGCUGUCUGGCAGCUGCCAUCUGUAGCAAACAUUUGGAAAGUGUAUUUAGAAGGUGGGUUUGAAACAUUGCUGCUUUUUGCCAUAGCAAAGAGAGAAGUCACUAAUAGGGAAGUACAUGAAGAUUGAACCAGUAGGUAAACGUGGAGCUGCCAGUUUGUGCCAGUUGUCACCAUGGAAAAUGACUCUGGGAAGCAAAUUUGUUGUUUAAGAGAGUGGUUAAGGAAAAAGAGUGCAUGAGUUACAGCAGUUCUUUUGUACUGCAGGGUUUGCAGAGGUCAGUAAAAGGCAAAGUCUCCGAAUCUGUAGUUAAACAUCUGCACACAUCCGCAUAUGCUGCCAACGAGCUGCAAAUGAGAGGUAAAGGGCAGUAGUGCAAAGUUUGUUAGCCCUGGUGGCUGUGGGUCCACGGAGUGCACAUGUUGGGUUGUGGUGACUCAGCUGCCACACAGAAGCAUUCAUGGAAAAACACUCAGGUCUGGACUGAACAACAAAGGAACAAGAAGAGCAAGGAGCCUCUACUUCACUAGAACUAGAGGGUUCAGGAGCCUGUAUCCAAGGUGCACGGUUGACUUUAGCUCUAAAUUAAAUAUUUGCACUGCCCUAGCAACCGUCACUUGACUUUCUUCCUUGACACAUCUAAGUUUAGGAGACCUUAAAUCAUUAUUUUUGGAAGCAUCUAAAGGUUGUGAUUGAUAUUUUCCUAAAUAAAGACAGAAAGAGAACGUGGUUUGUCUUUUAUUGAUUAAAAACCUUUCUUGUUAAGGCAUUAGGCCCUGCAGAAACACUGUGGAUGAUGUAAGAAGACACAGCAAACUGCAGUUUUCCUUCUCCUCCUCAGGUCUGGGUGUGCGAGGAAGUGCUUGGCUUUGAUAAAGUUACAGGAAGAGGAGAUGAAAUUACAUCAGAGCCAUCCUGGCUUAAGAACAUGGUGCCAGGCCCAACAGGAUUAAACUGUCAAUAAAAUGACAAAAUGGCUAAUGUGAGAUGAGAGUAAAAUUUUAGUGUGAGAGACUUUUUUGUGCAACAGAAAUUGAGGGAUCUGGGGUGAGAUUUGUCUGUGGUUCUCUGUAACUCAGCCACCUGCAGCCUUUUCUGGUUUUUUGCUCAGAUUCUCUGCUGAAAUGUUUGGAAAACAUGGACUGAAGCCAUAGAGUGAACAGAAACAGAGCAAAAU